GGCAGCCAUCUGCAGAGCGUUCGCUUUGUCUGAGAGCAACACUGUCAAGCAACCUGCCGCAGCGUCUGAACGAAAAUGGAUUUAAAUAGCAUCAUAGAAGAGAUAGAAACAGGAGAGCAGGAUGGUGUGCUUCUGGCUCUGCAGCGCUACAACGAGAAGAUGAACGAGUGUUUCACAUUCAGGAAGGAGGAGUGCGACACAGAGGAAGUGAAUCAACAAAAGCGUCUGGGGGAGCUGGUCCUGGACUUCCUGAGCCGAGAGCUGCAGCCGCCCUGCCAGCUGGCCUGCCUGGAGACGGCCCGGAUCCUGUCCCGGGACAAGCACUGCCUGCAGCCCUUUGUCAACUGCGCCUCCAUGUCCACUCUGGCUCGCUGCGCCAGCAUCAGCGUGGUCACAGGCGAGGACGCAGGGUCGACGGAGGGAGCAGAGGAGGGGCGGCGUGAGGAAGAGGCGUCUUCUGAUGAUGACGUGACCAUCGAGGCCCUCAAGUGCAUCUGCAACAUCCUGCUGCACAACGAGCUGUCGCAGGUCGUGGCUGUCGAUCUGCAGCUGAUCCGCGGAGUGACCAACCGACUGAAGAAGUGCUCGGCUGCUCACUGGAGCCCUCAGGUCAUCUUCUUCGACCUGCGUCUCACCUUCUUGCUGACGGCCCUGCGGGUGGACGUGCGCUCCCAGCUGGCUCAGGAACUUCACGGCAUCUGCUUGUUAGGUCAGCUGCUGGACACCACGCUGUGCGUGGGACGGACAGACUCGCUGGAGAGCAUCGGCUCUGAGGACCUGCCGCCUCUGAGCCGGGAACAGACAGAGAUUGGCAUGGAGAUCCUCAAGAUCCUGUUCAACAUCACGUUCGACACGACCCGCCGCAAGGUGGACGAGGAGGACGCAGCGAAGUACCGUCGGCUGGGCGCCGUGCUGAGGCACUGCCUGGUGAGUCGAGCUGACGGAGAGGAGCGGACCGAGGAGUUUCAUGGCCACACGGUCAACCUGCUCAGCAACCUGCCGCUGCCGUGUCUGGACGUCUUUCUGACCCCGAAGGUCACCCAGGGUUCAGUGGAGUACAUGGGGGUCAACAUGGACGCCGUCAACAUCCUGCUGGAGUUCAUGGAGAAGCGACUGGAUGGGGUGAGAGGAGGAGAGGAGAGGAGCGGAACGGUGUGUUUGGGUGUGACUGGAGUCUUGUUUGUCCCGCAGGGUCAGAAGCUGAAGGAGAACCUCCUCCCUUCUCUGAACCUGCUGACUGAGAGUGCUCGGAUCCACCGGGAGACCAGGAAGUUCCUCAGGUCAAAGGUUCUUCCUCCGCUGCGGGACGUAAAGAGCCGGCCGGAGGUGGGCGACGCUCUGAGGAACAAGCUGGUGCGACUCAUGACCCACGUGGACACGGACGUCAAGGCCAGCGCUGCUGAGUUCCUCUUCAUCCUCUGCAAGGAGAACGUCUCCAGGUUUAUCAAGUACACGGGGUACGGGAACGCUGCGGGGCUGCUGGCUGCGCGAGGACUCCUGAGAGGAGGCAGCGACUCGGGGAUCUACUCUGAGGACGAGGACUCGGAGACCGAAGAGUACCGCGAGGCUCGCGCUCAAAUAAACCCAAUCACAGGAGUGGUGGAGGACGAGCAGCCCAACCCCAUGGAGGGCAUGACGGAGGAGCAGAAGGAGUUGGAGGCCAUGAAGCUGGUCAACAUGUUCGACAAGUUGUCCAGGAACAACAUGAUCAAGCCCAUGCAGCUGACCAUGGACGGCGAGAUGCGCGAGGUCAACCCGGACCUGCUCCUACAAACCGCCAACAACCAGCCGGACGAGCAGCAGAAUUCCGACAACGAAGAUUAGAUGCAGGAAGGAAACCACUUGAAGCGUCGGGGAUGAUACGGUGGAGUCUGGAGGAACAUGUGUGGAGAUGACGGCUGUCAGUCACUGCUGCGCUCAGGAUCAGCGUCAGCCCAAGGAAAUGAAAGUUUAGCUCCAACUCUGUGGUGUUCAACAUCACCCGUACAUUGCCCAGAUGUCUGAAAUGUGAAGUCUCUGAGAUGACAUUUGUAAUAAAAUAAAUGGUUUUAAAAUGAU